AUGAGCAAGGGUCUACCGCUGCCGCCGGGCUUCUUCCGCUGUCCACCGUUGCGUGACGCCGAGGUGCAGCACCUCCGGGCGAUCGCGGACGAAGCGUGCGCCGACACGGUUGCGAACGCGCUUGCGAUGGCCAAGCUGCCGCCCAAGAAGGUGGUAACCCACCCGCGCACCAAGCGCCAUGUCCAGCUGCAUCAUGGCCCGGACUUGCGCCAGCCCGAGCUCGACGGGAUCACGGGCGUGACGCGAAUUGCCACCAAUUACGACGAGCUCCAUGGUUUUUACCACCUCCAAACCGCCAAGCAAGUGCGAACGUACAGCAAGGUCGCGAGCCAAACGUUAUUGGACCGCGUGACGCUGUAUACGCUGGAGCGGUCGUCGUCGCCGUUUCGGGUCACAAGUAUUGUCUGGGCGGCGAUCGAGACCCCGAUCCUCAAGCUCUUGCCGGGGGCGAUCGCCAAGCGCGACACGUGCUACCUCGAGGUAUUACACUCUUGUCUGCUGUAUUUUUCGGACGAUUUUCCCGGGUUUUCAUUGAAACAUUGA